AUGAGCGUGAUAACUCGAGAUCUGGAUGGCAAGCUAAGGAUCUACACAAAGGGCGCAGACGCCAUCAUUUUUGCGAGACUGUCUGAAGGGCAGUCACCCGAUGUCACUGAGCAGCAUCUUCAUGAGUUCGCAGUGGAAGGAUUGCGCACUCUUUGUCUUGCCUAUGCAGAUCUUGAUGACGAUGGGUUUCAAGAUUGGCAUCGAAGAUAUCGGCACGCGAAUUCCGAGUUAAUCGAUCGUGAAGAAAAAGUUGCUGCAGUUGUUGACGAAUUCGAACGUGAUCUUACCUUGCUGGGUGCGACUGCUAUCGAAGACAAACUCCAAGAUGGUGUUCCAGAGACUUUAAAGAAGCUGGAACAAGCCAGCAUCAAGGUAUAG